AUGCCGGGAACGGGGGCACCGCCUUUCUCUGCCACCAAGUACACCGAGCGAGAGGAAGUGGUAAGCUGCAAGCCUCCGCAGAGCGAGCCUGGCGACAUGCUCCCGCUUCCUGCCCCGCCGGGUACGAGCAGCGUCCCUCUCACGGUCAAAUUUAAAGUACGCCAUGCCGAACGCUCCAGUGUCCACAGCGUCCCAAAAGCAGUUAUUGACAGAAAGUUCCCUUUGUCAACGAACCCAUGCUACAAGAUCACCACUGUGUUCAGCCACGCUCAGACAGUAGUUCUGUGUGUAGGGUGCUCAACUGUCCUGUGCCAGCCUACUGGGGGGAAAGCCAGGCUCACAGAAGGCUGUUCGUUUAGAAGAAAGCAACACUGAACACUUCAGCAUGUGGCUUUGGAUCCGUGUUCCUGAAUGCCUUACCAGUUUAAAAAUGCCUAUUAAUACAACAACGUAAUUAUGAUUGAUUUUGUAAAAAUUACGUGCUACUCGUGACUAAUGAGCUGGAAUCUCUUUUUCAAUAAAUGAUUUGAAG